UUCGGUGGCAUUUAUCAUGCGUGAUGCUCUCAUUUUAGUUAAUCUCGCCGUCGUUGCAUCCGAAGAAGAAAGUGAAGCGUAAGAAAUAGUAGCUGCCAGAGGAAGAAGAGAGAAACAGAAAUAGACAGAGGUGUUUGGCACGGAUGAAGAAGAAGACAAGUGAAGGAGGUGGAACCGUGAAGUGGUGCACGCUAAGACUUGCGAUUUGUCACCUAUCAGACCCACGGCGUGAAGACAUUGCAGAAGAGAGAGUAGGAGAGAAGAAACAGAUGAAACGACGAAGCACGAUGUGUAUCGCGCGUGAAAGCGAGGAUGAAAAGCAGAUGAGAGCGAUUAGUUGUUCAAGGAAGCAGACAGGAAGAUAUGGUGGUGAUUGGCUGAGCAAGAAGCCACAGGAGACAAGGAGAACGAUACGCGGGGGGCCUUUCUUUUAUUACUACCAAUAGUUUCGGGCUUCACAGAUGAGGAAACAGAGUCCGGCAAUGGAAGCGAGAAAGUCAAUGCUGGAAGAGCGAAACAGCGGAAGGAAAGCUUGGCGAAGGGGGAAAAUGGGUGACGCAUCCACCGGUGCAGGUAGCAAUCCUCAAUCCACCAUUGACAUCUUCGUCAAGUUCGGUGGAAGCUCGAUACCCAUUUCUCUGUCACCAGACACAACGGUCAAAGUUCUCAAGACUACUCUCCAACCCCUCACGGAUGUUCUUCCUCGUGGCCAAAGGCUCAUCUACAAAGGGAAGCUUUUGGUGGACCCAAUGACUUUGAAGGAAUCGGAGAUCGGCAAUGGGGCUAAGAUCAUGCUCAUAGCAUCUAAGGGUCUUCAUCAAGGGGAUGGUCCCAUACUAAAAGAUGCUCAGACAAAGCCUAUUUCAAGGGAUGCUAGGAAGCCAGCGGAUAAGUUGGAAGUAGUUCCCAUUGACAAGAAUCGCUUAGAACGGUGGAAGGUUACUGGAGUUAUUGGACUUGCAGGAUGCGACCUGAAGGCUAUACCAGAUGAGGUGUGGGCUUGUGGAUCUUCUGCAAGAGUUCUGGAUAUGAGCAACAACUCCAUUCAACAUGUUCCAGCCCAGAUCAGCAAUCUGAGUUCCAUGCAGAAAUUGCUCCUGAAUGCAAAUGCUUUGUUGGACAAAUCCAUUCAUUGGGAAGGACUGGCAUCUCUGAAGUUUCUAACAGUUCUAUCUGUUUGCCAGAACAGUUUGAUAACUUUGCCUUGUGAACUCGGUGCUUUGGAUUCUCUGAGGCAACUUCAUAUUUCUAAUAACAAGUUGACAAGCCUCCCAAUUGAAAUAGGACUCCUCAGUCAGCUUGAAGUUCUGAAAGCAAAUAAUAAUAGGAUAACCACUAUCCCGUCAUCCAUGGGCAAUUGUACUUCUCUCAUUGAGGUUGAUCUUUCAUCAAAUCUUCUAUCAGUUUUGCCAGAGGAAUUUGGCAAUUUGCGCAAUUUGAAGGCUUUGUACUUGAGUAACAAUGGGCUAUUGUCCCUUCCUUCAUCAUUAUUCAAGACGUGCCUUGAGCUUUCAACACUCGAUCUCCAUAAUACAGAAAUCACGAGUGAUAUCCUUCGCCAGUUUGAAGGAUGGGAAGACUUUGAUAAACGGCGCCGGUCAAAGCAUCAGAAACAACUAGAUUUUCGUGUUGUGGUCUCUGGUGAAUUUGAUGAAGGUGCUGACAAAAAUUGAAUUAAAGAAAUCAUGUACAAUUUUCUGAGAUCAAAGCUGGUCUUUCCAUUUAGAAUUAGAAAAAUGGAGCUUCAUAAACUUUUCUCAUAGAUGUAAUUAGGUGGAAAUCAUAGCUUUUGAUAGAGAUUUUAGGAUCUUUUUGUCUCCUUCAAUGUUGAUGAAGGACUUGGUUUGUAACAAAUAACAGGGGCUUGAUUCUAAAACUCUUCUAGUGUUCCAUUUGGAUCAAAUUACACCGUGCAUUUUCAA